CUUUUUCUAAGCUCUUGUCUAGGAGCUUCUCUCUCUCUCUCCUCUCCUCUCUCCGAACAGAGCCCCCUCCCCGCUUUCUCUCACCAACAUAGAAUGGCCGUCGACUCCGUGCUCUCCUCGCCGCUCGGCCCGCCGGCUUGCGAGAAGGACGCGAAGGCGCUGCGGUUCAUCGAGGAGAUGACCCGGAACGCCGACGCGGUCCAGGAGAAGGUCCUGGCCGAGAUCUUGAGCCGCAACGCCGAGACUGAGUACCUGAGGAGGUACAACCUCGGCGGCGCCACCGACCGCGAGACCUUCAAGUCCAAGCUGCCCAUGGUCACGUACGAGGACCUCCAGCCCCAAAUCCAGCGCAUUGCCGACGGCGACCGCUCCCCGAUCCUGUCCGCACACCCCGUCUCCGAGUUCCUCACGAGUUCUGGGACUUCAGCUGGCGAGAGGAAGCUGAUGCCGACAAUUAAAGAAGAGCUAGAUCGUCGCCAAUUACUUUAUAGCCUCCUCAUGCCAGUGAUGAACCUCUAUGUGCCUGGGCUGGACAAAGGCAAGGGGCUCUACUUCCUGUUCGUCAAGUCGGAGACCCGGACGCCCGGCGGCCUCCUGGCCCGGCCCGUCCUGACCAGCUACUACAAGAGCGACCACUUCACCCGCCCCUACGACCCUUACAUGGUCUACACCAGCCCCAACGAGACCAUCCUCUGCGCCGACUCGUACCAGAGCAUGUACACCCAGAUGCUGUGCGGCCUCGUCGAGCGCGCCCAGGUGCUCCGCCUCGGCGCGGUGUUCGCGUCCGGCCUGCUCCGGGCCAUCCGGUUCCUGCAGCUCAACUGGCAGCAGUUGGCCGAGGACAUAAGGACCGGCUCGCUGAACGGGAAGGUCUUGGACCCGGCGAUUCGGGACUGUAUAGGCCGGAUGCUCAAGCCCGACCCGGCACUCGCCGAGUUCAUCGUUAAGGAGUGCUCCAGGGACAAUUGGGAAGGCAUAAUCACUAGAAUCUGGCCCAACACCAAAUACUUGGACGUGAUCGUUACCGGCGCGAUGGCUCAGUACAUCCCGACCCUCGAUUAUUACAGCGGCGGCUUGCCCUUGGCAUGCACCAUGUACGCGUCGUCCGAGUGCUACUUCGGGCUCAACCUUAACCCGAUGUGCCAGCCGUCCGAGGUGUCGUACACCAUCAUGCCCAACAUGGCCUACUUCGAGUUCAUGCCCCACGAGCCCAACUCGCACGAGUCGUUCCGCGACUCGCCCCCGAAGCUCGUCGACCUGGUGGACGUGGAGGUCGGCAAGGAGUACGAGCUCGUGAUCACCACCUACGCCGGGCUCUGCCGGUACCGCGUCGGGGACAUACUCCGCGUGACCGGGUUCCACAACGCGGCCCCGCAAUUCCACUUCGUGAGGCGGAAGAACGUCCUGCUCAGCAUCGACUCCGACAAGACCGACGAGGCCGAGCUCCAGAAGGCCGUGGAGAACGCGUCCGAGCUCCUCCGCGAGUUCAACACCAGCGUGGUCGAGUACACGAGCUACGCCGACACCAAGACCAUCCCGGGCCACUACGUGAUCUACUGGGAGCUCCUGACCAAGGACCUGGCCAACUCCCCCAGCGGCGACGCGCUGGACCGGUGCUGCCUGGCGAUGGAGGAGUCGAUGAACUCGGUGUACCGGCAGUGCCGGGUGGCGGACAACUCGAUCGGGCCGCUGGAGAUCCGCGUGGUCAAGAGCGGCACGUUCGAGGAGCUGAUGGACUACGCCAUCUCCAGGGGCGCCUCGAUCAACCAGUACAAGGUGCCGAGGUGCGUGAGCUUCCGGCCGAUCAUGGAGCUCCUCGACUCGAGGGUGGUCUCGUCGCACUUCAGCCCGGCUCAGCCGCAUUGGACCCCGGAGAGGAGACGGUAGACCUCCAAGGCCCCGUCGCCGGCCGGAAGCGAAGAAAGUCAAUGCACGCACCGGCCAAAAAAAAAACAAAAUUAGAUCUUUAAAUCAAAAUCUCCUUGUUUCUUUCCUUCUUUUUCUUUUCCUCUUUUUCCCUUUUGUGAAAAUGUUGUAUGUCGUAGUUUCUUGUGGAGAAGCUUUCUAACUAAAAGCUGCACGUUGACCAGGACGUUUCAUGAGCAUGGGUGGGGGUGUCAGAUGUCCUUUACAAUUGUUUGGUUUGGGUUCAAUUAACCUGUGGAAGAAAGAGAUAGGAUGUGACCUCUCCAGAUAACGUUUUGGUCCCUCGUAGUGGAAUGUUUCCUGCUUGAUGUAAUCGGGACAUGUGAAAAUUUUGUUCAAUGUGCU